ACUAUCCUUCAGAUACAACACCGCAUUGAAACGCAGAUUUGGCCCAAUACUGCAGGUCGCAAAUUCGUGAAAGAAACAUUGUCCGGAUCGCACAGACGUCGAUUCGUGAGAUCCCUGUCGCUUCUCCGCACAAACGACGCCAUCCGUUCAGCGACAUGCGCUGAUAGCGCCGCUGUGACACCGCCGCCCACAGUACAGCGAGCAGCCUAGACACCGUCACUCGAGGGCGCACACGGCAGACGGCGUGAAGGAGAGGUCAGAACGGCGCGCGACAUGUCUGGUGCCUCUCCGCCGAAGCCCUGGGAGCGAGCGGGCGCCGGCGGCUCUUCUGCCGCAAUACCCAGCUCAAUGACUUCGACAGCGGCGACACCGACAGCGACGACGACGGCCGCAUCUUCUGCUGCGGCACCCGCAUUACCUGCGCGAACAGACGCACUCAGCACCGUCGCAAACCGAACAGCGGCGAAUUACUCCACAAUGAAUAGAGCGUCACCUUAUUCAUCACCUUAUGGCAUGGGAGGAAUGGGUACCAUGGGAGGGUAUGGCGGUUAUGGAUCUUCAUACAGCUCGCCGUACAGCCGUUUCGGCGGCAUGGGCGGUAUGGGAAGCAUGUACGGCGGAGGCAUGUAUGGAGGUAUGGGCGGAUACGGCGGCUACGGCAUGAACGGCGGCAUGUAUGGACAACCUGGACAGAUUGGACCCGACGGCCAGCCGAUAAGCUUGACGCAAGCAUACAGCAACAGCACACAAGCCACAUUCCAGAUGAUCGAGAGCAUAGUCGGGGCCUUUGGAGGAUUUGCACAAAUGCUGGAGAGCACAUAUAUGGCCACGCAUUCGUCCUUCUUCGCCAUGGUCAGUGUGGCAGAGCAGUUCGGAAACCUCAAGCAGACGCUUGGCUCUGUUUUGGGCAUCUUCACAAUCAUGCGGUGGAUACGAACAGCCAUCGCCAAGUUGACCGGCCGACCGCCUCCGGCAUCAUCGAAAGAGCUGACGCCAGCCAACUUCGCACAAUUUAGCGGCCAGCCUGGUCCAGACGGCCAACCGGUCGCGAAACCAAGCCGAAAACCCUUCGUCUUCUUCAUCGUAGCCGUCUUCGGCCUCCCUUGGCUCAUGGGAAAACUCAUCCGAGCCCUGGCAGCCUCACAGGAGGCGCAACAACAACAAAUGAUGCCACUCGACGCGAAUGGCCAACCCACACAACCCAUCGAUCCCUCGAAACUCGACUUCUGCCGAGUUCUGUACGAUUACACCCCACAGGCCCAACCCGGCCAAGCCUUCCAAGAAGGCAUCGACCUCGCGGUCAAGAAAGGCGAUCUCGUCGCUGUCCUCAGCAAGACCGAUCCCAUGGGCCAACCAUCCGAAUGGUGGCGCUGCCGAGCCCGAGACGGCGGCGUCGGUUACCUCCCAUCACCUUAUCUAGAGACCAUCCAACGCAAGCCACAGCAACAGGCUAUUAUGGCCAAGGGCUCGCAAAGUCAACCAGGCAGCGAGACGAACUCGCGAGUUAAUACGAUGACUUCUCACAGUGUGGGCAGCCGAGCGAAUUCGAUGAAGAUUACAGAUCGCGAAAAGGCGGAGGUGCAGAAUGUCAGCAAGGAUUUGCCUCCGGCGAUCAAGGGCAAGCCGGGAGAUAUGGGAAUUGAGAGCUUUCAGAAGGGCGCUUUUAAUUCGUGAAAGAAUUUCUCUAGAUUGAUUGGAUGAUUGUAUGAGCGAGCGUCGAAUUUUUAUGUAUUCAUUUGAGGGACAAUGGUCUUUCGUGUAUAGGUUAUGGCAUUUCUUUCUGGUUCUUCAUAAAAGAUGGAUUUGAGGAUUGCAUUACUUUUUAGCCAGAUGUGCCGCAAUAGGAUGACGAUU